GGCCGUCCUCGACACCACCAACAACCUGAGCCGAGUGUUGGAGGAUUUACACCACGUUCAGGAAACCCGGUUGCACCUGCGGCAUUCUCAGGAGCAGAGUGAGGAGUCGGGGCGGGCUGUGGGCGCUCUGGGUGCCCUGACAGAGAAGACGAGACGGGAGCUGGUUGCACACCUGGAGCAGCUGCAGCAGAAGCAGCGCAGGGCGGACUCAGUGCUGCAAGGGACUGAGUCGCUGCACCGUCUCUUGCAGGACACAACGUCCAGUCCCCCAGCAGCUCUGCAGAACAUUCUGGAAGUCGUGGAUGAGCUGACGGCAAUGAGUGCCAGUGAUGGUGAUGUGACAGUGGCCAGGACAGAGGCUGAGGCUGGGCGUCAGGUGGCACAGAGCUCCCUGCACAGAUCCACACAGGCUUUGCUUGCAGCUCAAGGUGUUGUAUCAGCGAGGCGAGACAUGGAAACACAGACAGCGACUGUGAGGAGCGAGCUACAACGUGUACAAACCACACUGGAGCACAUCGCACCACUGCUAGCGGUUUCUCAGAAGAGAGCCAGGCGUGAGGAGGAAUUGCUAGAGAUCAGACUGCAGGACGUUGCUGAGGUUGAGACGCUGGUGGCGGAGGUGGAGCGAGAGACUGAGUGCCACACCUCCCAGCGACUACAGCUGUCCCAGCUCCACACUCACCUGCUCAGCCUACACCAAGCACUGCAACAUAAUGUCCAGAGGAGGAGAAACAGAAGUGGAGCAAUGUCAGUGGCGGAGAGCUGUGUGGAGCAGGAGAGUCGGGUUACAGGCGCAGCCCUGGAGCGAGCUUCCCAAGCCCAGCGACGCAUAGAGCAGCUGGCCCGAGCCCAGACCCAACUCACCCACAACACGCUGCAGGAACUGAGAGAGGUCCUUCAAGUCUUUAGGAAACAAGAGGAAGCUCUGAGUUCGCUGGAGAAGAGAGUCACCAGAUUGCAGGAGCAGCAGGGCCACUUACUGGCCGGUUUCCAGCAGGCAGAACCACCGGCCUGUAACUGAGACGUUGAAACGCCGCCCGUCUGCAAUUCUCUCCGCUAUGGGACCGGGAAUAACAGUCGCAGGUCCCUGGGAGAUAGUUAAACGCGUGUUGCUGAUCAGCGACUGGAAUCUUUACCGUGUUGGUUCUUGAUUUCGUCCCAAGUGUCAGCGCACAUUGCAUUUAUACAGCCCAUCUCAUGUCGGAAGGACGUCUCAAGGCGCUGGACAGUGAAGGGUUUGCACCCGAGCUUUGGGGCUGGCUUUGUGUCUCAGGUGAACGUGUUAAGUUUAAGGGAGGAUAGAGGAGCAGGAGUGACCCGCUGGGGUUCAGGGGUCUGCAGAAACCUGGCUCCACCUCGGGGGUCCAGGCAUAGAGUCACUGAAUGUCCCCGCACAGAAACAGACCACUCAACCUAUCAGACUUCUGCUUGUAGUUGUCUCCCUCUGCAAGUC